AUGUCCCACUUGAUGAUCGAGCAACCCGGAUCAAAGUCACGAUUAUUUCCGAACGGCACGAUGGAUAUUCGAACAUCGAACGGUUACCUAUCUCGUCCGACAAAGACGAGCAGUGUCUCGUAUUUGGAAAUAAGGAAAUUGGAUUAUACGCGGUCGUUUUCGCAAGGGCACGGUAAAAAAAUGUUCCGUUAUUUCACUUACGAGUCGCUGUUUUUGCUGGUCUGCCUGACGGUAACGCUGCUCAUACUGCCGUUAGUGCUGCCGCCAUUGCCGCCGCCUCCGCUGAUGUUGCUUUUGGUGCCCAUAUUCAUUCUGGCGCUACUUAUGGUGUUGGCCUUUAUGCCUUUUGGCGGUGGUGUUAGAGAAGCAACUCAUUCGUGUGGUCUGUAA